GUUGACUGUAAGAUGCUGUGCCUUAUAACGGUGGGGUUCCGCCUCCCCAGCAGGUCCUGCUCUGCCUCCAUCUCUUCGCUUCGCUCUUAUCGCAGGUUUUCCUUCUACGUUAUUUUCCGCCAUGACUCCAUCGGUGAGAUCUUUUGUCCCUGCUGUCGUCGUCCUCUUCUUCAUUCUGAGCCUUCUUUACUUCAACUACGAACCACCAUACGCUGUGCCGGUCGCUGAACAAUCAAGAAAACCAUUCGGCAGCGACGUAUCCCUACAGCAAAUUCUUCAGUUCAUUUAUAAUCCAAACAAGGCUUCGAUAACAACACCGUCAUUCUCGCACGGCGGCAAGACAUACGAACUGCCCUCCGACUUGGGCUACACCUCGCCAUUAGGCAAGGAUGUGUGCAUCCUCGACGUGGACACUCGGCCGUUUAAUGCUGAAAACCAAAUAUUCCAUGGCGCAAAUUUUGACUGGUCGAAGCUCGAUCCAUACUCGGGAGGCAUAAUUAACCACUAUAUGUACGCGCAAAUGCAUGGCUACGAUUACAAAUUUCUUCAAACUGCCACCGAAUCGGAGCGCCAUCCUACCUGGGUCAAAGUCUCCGGCCUAGCGAACGUGCUCAAAUCCUACAAAUUCGUCGUCUUCCUCGACGCGGACGCCCUCUUUAACCAAAUGCACAUCCCCAUUGAAUGGCUCCUGAAUUACUGGUCUAUCAAUGUGACCACCUCGCUCGCCAUGGCCUUGGACCCACCGGGCGCCGUAAACAACGACACUUACGGCCGACGGUACUCCAACACCGGGUUCAUCAUCGCGCAGAACAAUGCGAAAACGCACGAGAUACUCAAGGCGUGGGAUGAGUGCCCUCGUGAGACGCGAUACAAAGGCUGCUCUGAGUGGAACAAGGUCCGGUUCCACGAACAGAGCGCGUUCGGUACGUACGUAAGGUACGACUACGAUCAGUAUCUCAAAGAGCUGCCGUGCGAUGAGGCGAAUGGGGAGUGGGAUCUGGAGAAUUGCAGAGGCGUUUUUAUCCAGCAUAUGUGGUGGAGGACACCCACGGUGAGGAGCCAUUUCGGAGAUAGGACAUUGCAGUUCCUGAUGGAGAGAAUGCAUAAGCAUGCCAUGGAUGAGAAGGAGAAGAUAAUAGAUACCCAGGUGCAGAAUACGGUUAACCGAUGAAGACAAAAGAGGGCGGUUCAUCGCACGAAGCAUGCAUGGGUACGGCGUUCAAC